AUGGCACUGGAGUUUGCCAAGCAGGGCGCUACCGUCGUCUGUGCCGACCAAACACCUGGUCCCAACGCAAACAAGAACCGACUCACGCAUGAAAUAAUAUGUGAUCGAGGGGGCAAGGCGGUCUUUAUCUCGACAAAUGUCGCAGAGGAGAGUGACAUGUUGAAGCUCGUCCGGGAUUCAGCGAAUCAGUUUGGUCGGAUUGACAUAAUGGUUAAUAAUGCUGGCAUUGCCCCAGAGGCCUCUGAGCCGCGACCCAUCUGGGAGACAUCAUUACAAACGUUCGAACGAACUUGGGGAGUAAACAUGCGCGGUGUCUUUCUCGGAUGCAAAUAUGCUGGUACUCAGAUGAUGCGCCAAGAGAGAAAUCGCAAAGACGGUAGGGCUGGGACUAUUAUCAACAUCGGAUCAAUACUCGGCGUGUUGGGUAAACCAGGCACGCCUGCUUAUUCGGCCACCAAGGGGGCUGUAAUCGCCUUUACACGAGCAGUAGCUAUGGAUUAUGCUCCUCACGGCAUCCAUUGCAAUUCGAUUCUUCCGGGAUUCACGCGAACUCCAAUGAUCUCAGCUAUGACAGAAAACGUCGAAAUCGAGCGAGAAAUGGCACAACGACAUCCUCUCAAGCGACUUGGAGAGCCACAAGAUAUUGCAAGCGCUGCUGUUUUCCUGGCCAGCAGCAUGUCGGAUGGAAUUACCGGCCUGAACUUGUCUGUGGAUGGUGGGCUACAUAGUCAACUAAGCUUAUGA